AUGGCUUAUCCAAGAAAACUGUUUUCACUCGCAUUGCCCUUUUUGUUCUUCUUCUUAUCAUCAGCCUCCACGAUCACAUAUAAUGUGCGAAAGUUUGGAGCCAAACCUGAUGGAAAGACCGAUUCGACAAAGGCCUUUCUCAGUGCAUGGGCAGCAGCUUGUGCUUCAGUAAAGUCUGCAACAAUUUAUGUACCGCAGGGAAGAUACUUGCUCGGGGCUGCAUCAUUUUGGGGAAAUAAAUGCAAGAAUAAUGCGAUUAAAAUACGUAUAGAUGGUACUCUUGUAGCUCCCUCAAAUUAUCGUACUAUUGGCUAUGCUGGCAACUGGCUCAAGUUUGAAAGAGUCAAUGGAGUGACAAUUUCUGGCGGAACUUUAGAUGGACAAGGCAUUAGUCUUUGGAACUGCAAAGCCUCCAAGAGUAACUGUCCUGGUGGUGCAACGACAUUGGCAUUCUACAAUUCAAAUAACAUUGUCAUCAGCAAAUUAACGUCAUUGAACAGCCAAAUGUUCCAUGUUAUGCUUUACGGCUGUCAAAAUGCUAAGCUACAAGGGAUGAAGAUCUCAGCCUCAGCCACUAGUCCAAAUACUGAUGGCAUUCAUAUUUCAGGGUCCUCUGGUGUUACCAUAUUGGGCUCUAACAUAGCUACAGGGGACGAUUGCAUUUCAAUUGGCCCCGGCGCCUCCAAUUUGUGGAUCGAGAAUGUUUCUUGUGGCCCUGGCCAUGGAAUAAGCAUUGGGAGUCUAGGAUGGGAUAUGCAAGAACCUGGAGUACAAAAUAUGACUGUUAAAACCGUUACUUUCAGAGGCACACAAAAUGGCUUGAGGAUAAAGACUUGGGCAAGGCCUAGCAAUGGAUUUGUUAAGAGGGUCCUUUUCCAAAAUGCAGUAAUGCUGAAUGUGAGAUACCCUAUCAUCAUCGACCAAAGUUAUUGUCCAACCAAAAAUAAUUGUCCAAAUCAGGGUUCUGGUGUAAAGAUUAGUGAUGUGACUUAUCACCAAAUUCAUGGAACAUCAUCAUCACAAGUAGCUAUAGCGAUUGAUUGCAGCAAGGACUCCCCAUGCAGUGGCAUAAGAUUGCAAGAUGUCAACCUCAGAUACAUGAAUCAACCAGCUCAGGUAUCAUGCUCCAAUGUUGCUGGAACAUCUACAGGCUUUGUUCAACCGAAAGGCUGCUUAUGA